ACAUUCAAGGUCGAUACGUUAUAAUUUUGCAUAUUACCGAAAUAUCCUUUGCUAAGCAGUAUCCCGAGAAGAAACACUAUUUAGAAAUGACUACCAAGUAUAAAAUAGUUUUAAUUAGACACGGUGAAAGUGUCUACAAUGAGAAAAAUCUGUUUUGUGGCUGGCACGAUGCAGAAUUAUCACAAACUGGAAUUCAAGAAGCAGUUUAUGGUGGUCAGCUCCUUAAAAAAGGAGGAUAUGAAUUUGAUAUAGCUUUCACCAGUGUUCUAAAACGUGCCAUUAAAACUCUGUACCUUAUUCAAGAAGAGCUGGAUUGCCAUUGGCUUCCUGUAGUGAGAACUUGGCGUUUGAAUGAAAGACAUUAUGGAGCACUUCAAGGUCUAAAUAAAUCUGAAACAGCUGCUAAAUAUGGAGAAGAUCAAGUGCAGGUCUGGCGUCGCUCCUAUGACAUUCCUCCUCCCCCUCUGGAAAAGUCUGAUGAGCGUUGGUCUGGAAGAUCGAAGCAAUAUGCUGACAUGGAUCAAGGAAUGAUACCAGCUUGUGAAUGUCUUAAAGAUACUGUUGAACGCACACUUCCAUUUUGGUAUGACUCCAUUGUCCCAGCUAUUAAGUCAGGUAAAAGAGUAAUUAUAUCAGCUCAUGGAAAUAGCUUGAGAGGCUUGAUCAAAUAUCUAGAUAAUGUCUCAGACAAUGACAUUGUUGGAUUAAAUCUACCCACAGCAAUCCCAUUGGUGUAUGAACUUGAUGAAAAUCUACGACCAGUCAAACACUACUAUUUGGCAACUGAAGAAGAAGUUAAAGCUGCACAGGCUAAAGUGGCAGCUCAAGGCAAAGCUAAAUAGAUGGCAAUGCACCAACACUAUUUUAUCAACUAUUUAAACUCACCAAACUUUUAGAGUAGCUUAAUCAUAGUGCUGUCAAUCAGUGUACAGAUUGGCAUAAAUUUGUAUGGGUUGUUUUUUUUUCUGAUACUUCCCUUAUGUAAUAUAUGUUUUAAAAAAAAGCUGAUGACUGAAUGUUAUUUGGUCUUUUAUAUUUUAAUUGGUUUGCGACACAACCUUAUAUCUGCUCCCCCUAGCUGGCAUUUCCUUGUGUAUUCUGACCUAGCCAUCCCAGUGUGCUAUGAACUGGAUGAACACCUCAGGCCAUGCAAGUAUUAUGUGGUUAGCUCUGAAGAGAUCUGCAAGACAGUGUCCACAGGAACAAAGGUCCUCAAUGAGAGAAGAGUCAGUGCUGGAGGUGACCAGAAGAUAUUGAAGAAAAGUUUUAGUUCCUGCUGUGCCUGCAUCGACCCCACAAGAAAGAAAAAAACUUAUAACAGCUAAACUUUAACAUUAUUGCUUAUUUGUUGUUUUUUUUUCAUAUCUAUUUGUAUGCCAUUGUACAAAUGUAAUAGGGACAGUUAGCUGUGAUACAAGUUUACUACUAAUAGAAUAAUUGAUCUUCUCAUUGGAAUGUUUGAAGAAUGUCAUUGCUGAGAAGUAAAUAAUUGAUGUGAAAAAGUCA